AUGACAACUCGUCGAAUAAUGACAACUCUUGCUGAUUCGUUCAUGGCAGAUUUGGAGGAAUUAGACGAAUUGUCCGGUAAUACGCAUGAUGUUCAUGGAAAGGCGUUCAAUUACGAUCUAGAUAAUGUUUCGAUGCUGCAAAAGUCACGUAAAUACGUUGAUAUAAUGCAGAAAGUUGAAGAUGCUAUAAUUUCAGCGAAUAAAGGUGAUGUUAUUGUUGAAGAAGAUGAUCACGAAUAUAAGUUGAUAGUAGAUUGUAACGCAUUAUCUGUUGAAAUUGAGGAUGAAAUUGCUAUAAUCCACAAUUUUAUUCGUGAUAAGUAUCGGUUGAAGUUUCCUGAGUUAGAUUUACUUGUUAAUAAUCCAAUUGAUUAUGCUAGGGUUGUUAAAAAAAUUGGGAACGAAACGGAUCUGACUCUUGUUGAUUUGCAGGAAUUGUUACCUUCAGCUAUUAUCAUGGUUGUUUCUGUUACGGCGUCAACUACUAGUGGCAAGCCGUUGCCGGAGGAUGUUUUACAGAGGACAUUGGAAGCAUGUGAUAGAACCCUAGCUCUUGAUUCGUCGAAGAAGAAGGUUGUUGAUUUUGUUGAGAGUCGAAUGAAUGAUAUUGCUCCUAAUCUGUCUGGUGUUGUUGGGAGUGCAGUUGCUGCGAAGCUUAUGUGUUCUGCUGGUGGUUUAUCGUUGUUGGCGAAUAUGCCUGCUGAUAAUGUGAGGAAUCUAGGUGGUAAAAGGAAGAAUUUAGCAGGGUUUUCCACAGCUAGUGCUUCGCGAUUUUGUUAUAUUGAGGAAACAGAUAUAUUUCAGAGUACACCUCCUUCGUUAAGGGUGAAAGUUUGUAGAAUGCUGGCGAAUAAAGCUAUUCUAGCAGCACGUAUGGACUUGAACAAAGCAGGAAUAUUCAAUUUUAAGGAAGAGAUUUGUAAAACGAUAGAGAAAUUGCAAGAGCUACCUCCUGCAAGGCUGCCAAAGCCUCUUCCAGUUCCUGAUUUUAGGUCUAAGAAGCAGAGAGGUGGUAUUCGGCAUAGUAAGAGGAAAGAUAGAUAUCAGGUUACAGACGCGCAGAAGCUGAGGAAUAGGGUGAAGUUCGGGGUACCUGAAGAAAGCUCGUUAGGGGAUGGAUUAGGGGUGGGCUAUGGUAUGCUUGGUCAGACUGGAAGUGGCAAGUUGCGUGUAUCAGCUCGUCAGAACAAGAAAAUAGCGAAGAUUUCCAAGGUGAAGAGUUAUGGAAGCAGUGGUGCAGCAGCCAUAUCAGGCCUGAUGAGUUCGAGUUUUGCCUUCACUCCAGUACAAGGGAUUGAGCUAUCGAAUCCUCAGGCAUAUUCAGACGGAACUCAAAGCACCUAUUUUUCUGAGACAGGAACAUUUUCGAAGAUUAAGAGACAAAAGUCCCUUUUUGGUGUUUGA